AUGGGCCAUCCAAGUAUCCAAAUAGCGCAAACGGAAACUGUUUACGACCAGACGAACAUUACUUUUAAAUGUCGAUAUUUCCGUGUGAGUUUCUUCCGAUAUUUUCAUCACAACACCGGUCCCUUAGUUCAUAGUAUUGGUGAUGUUUUCACGGAUCUAUCGUCGAUCAUCGCCAAAGGGGGAGAGGUUUCGCUUCCUCUGUCGCCCUCAGCGGCCAUUGAUCUUCAGAUUAUGAUUCCUGAUUUCUACUCCCAUUAUGUGAAGCUACGUUUUUCUGGAAAUUGUCUACAAGUCCGUGAGAACGUCCCAUUGGCCGCGUAUAUGGCGCUGGUCCUGAAAACAGAGAGAAGAGCUAUUUUGUUGUACAAAAGUGAAGUGGUGAAGGACAAGAAUCCUAGAUGGAAGGAGUUCCCAGUUCCACUGUACAUCAUACAGUUCUACCAUCAAGGCGUCCUCCAAAUCCACUGUUAUAAUCAAAUUGCAAACAACGUGGACACUUUGAUAGGUAAGAUUUCCCACUGUUGUAGUAACUUGAAUGGGAACUUCUACAGUACUAUCUCGAUGAUUUUUCAAUGUUCUGCUGCAUUAUUCUUAUCCAUACUCAUGAACUUUGAAGGUAAACGUAUUCACGAAAAAAUGAGCAUCGAUCUGGAAAGUCUGGAAUUAGUCCAUGGGGAGUCUUUUUUUAUGCCUUUUAGCAUUCACCUUCAUCUUACCACUGCAGUAGACCUAACAGCUUCUAAUGGCAAUCCAAAUCAGCCUGAUUCGCUCCAUUACAUCCAUCCGCAUACACAAAGUCCCUACAUGAAUGCAAUUGUUAGGCUCACGCCGUUGUUCCUUAGUUACAUGGCUCACGCACGAGUAGGUGCGCUUGGUUUUGGUGCAAGAACAGGACCACAUAUUUAUAACAAGCUCUUUUUAGAUGGCCUGUCAGGAUUAUUGGACGCUUAUCGCCAUGCAAGAUUGACUGUGCAGCCAUUUGCACCAACUGACUUUUCUGAAGUGAUCUAUCAUGUAUCAAAGUUCGCUAAGGCCGAGUCAAGACGCCGUAUUGGUCUGUACUUCGUGUUGUUAAUUUUAACCGAUGGUGGCCUCACUAAUCCACGUCGGACAGUUGACGCCAUUGUUGAUUGUUCCGUGCAUCCAAUGAGUAUUAUAGCAGUGGGCAUUGGGACGAGUCGUGAUUUUGCUAAUGUAAAGGCACUAGAGUCGCCAGUUCUCAAACACUCUGAUGGCAGGCAGCUUAUUAGACAGAAUUUCCAAUUCAUCCCGUUCGAAGAUCUUGACACCGAUGAUGCAGUGGCUUUGAUACCCCUUCAAAUUGCUCAGUGGCAUAACUCACAAAUGAUUCAUUUUGGAUAUGCAUAA